AUGGCUGGAGAUUUGGGUUCUGGCAAACACGAAAAUUUAUCAAACGGACUCCAACAAAGCUCAAUUUACUGGGAAACGGGCCAUAGAACAUAUCUCCCAUUCUGGUCUUCAUUUGUACAAAAAUUCACACCUAAAAUAAUAGACGAUCAGCUUAGAAGCUUACUAAACCUGACUAAACCAGUCCAGCGUGAGCCUUUUGUGUUCUAUAAGGAAGGUUAUUUUAGGAGUUAUUACGGAGACCCGGAUGUGAGCACUACUUUUUCCAUCAACAAACGCACCAACUUCACAUUCAAUCCUUGUGGAACUAGGACCCCGUGUUUUAUGGAGGACGAUAUGAAUAAGUGGCUUGAAAGGGAUGAAUUUGCAAGGUUGCUUCUUGAUGCUUAUAAGAAAGAUUUACCGUAUGUGGAGUUUAUGUCCGAUGUUAAUGCUCCUCCAUCGCAUGCGAUAAAAACUAGAAGGUCAAUCUUAUUGAUUUAA